AUGGGUGGUGGAGCAUUAUCUGCUGUAGCAUCUGCUGCUGGCUUUGGACUUAAACAACAUGAAUAUAAUCAAUUCCAAAAUAGAAUGUCAUGGAUCACAAAUGUUGGAACUAUUGAAGAACUGACCGAUGUAGCACGUCAAGUGGCUCGUAAAUUAGCUGAUCGUUAUGAAGAUCAAUUAUUAAGUUUGCGACCAAGAUCCGAUGAAGUUUCUCAAGUUUGUCUUUGUUGUUGUGCACCUUCUGCACCUAGUACUAAAGACGAUUCUUCUGCCAAAAAAACUCCAACGAAAGCGAUGGGUCCUGCAGAACAAGUUGCCAGUUUUGGUGUUGCUGCUGCAUUACAAAUCAUUGUUGACGGAACUUGUACGAAAUUAGAACUUGCAAAAUACAAAGAGCCAGAAUAUUUGGCCGAUACCCUAACUGAAGUGAUCUGUUCUGUGAGACCGAAUUUCAAAACAAAAGUUCUUCAACAUUUGAAGCUUGACAAAAGUGCGAUUUUGCCAUAUACGCCAAUAGAGAAAAUAAAACAAGGAGAAAAGUUGAGUCAAUGGUAUCUUCAUGAGUUUUACUAUAAACCUGGUAUUUAUAUUAUAAACGGUAAAGAAAAAGUUAAACAAGAUCCUUUGUCAUCGAUGGAUCCAAAAGUAUAUUAUUAUCGAUUAGGAACAUUCGAAGAAUAUAAAAAUUUAUGUGACCUUGAUAAAGUACUAACGAAAGCUAUAUCAAACAAUUGUUGUUGCUAA